AUCUUUACUUCUAAUAAAAAUUAUUUUCAUUUUCCUCAUAACACAAGCAGAUUAAAUCUCCAAAUUAGUUCAUAUUCAAUUUUAAUUAUUUCACUAUAUAAUUGCUUUUAAAUAUAUAGUCUAGCUAAUUAAUAGACAGUUGUAGUUCGAUUACAUUAUUAUCAUAGUUUCAUGCAUAUACAAGAAGAUGGGAUUGAAAUGUUUUCUUGAAGGUGGUAUUGCCUCAAUUGUCGCCGGAGCCACCACUCAUCCGCUUGAUCUCAUAAAGGUUAGAAUGCAACUCAGCGGCGAGUUCGAACUUCACCUCCCGAGUCAACCCGCCGCUCAAGUUUGCUGUCAAUGUGCUUCUGCUUUAAACAUUUCAUUACCCGUCGUUCAAGUCAAAAUUCAAGAACCUCAUCCGGGGCCCAUUUCAACUGGGAUCAGAAUUAUCCAAUCUGAAGGUGUCGCCGCCCUUUUCUCCGGCGUCUCCGCCACCAUCCUCCGUCAAACACUAUACUCCACAACCCGUAUGGGACUCUACGCAAUCCUCAAACAAAAAUGGCUUAACCCUAAAACAGGUAACCUCCCUCUUACACACAAAAUAUUAGCCGGACUUAUCGCCGGCGGAGUCGGAGCCGCCGUCGGAAACCCUGCUGACGUGGCAAUGGUCCGCAUGCAAGCUGACGGUCGUCUCCCUAUAACUCAACGUAGAAACUACAAGAGUGUAAUCCACGCAAUAACUCAAAUAUCAAAACAAGAAGGCUUCACUAGCCUGUGGCGCGGCUCAGGUCUUACGGUAAACCGCGCCAUGAUCGUAACAGCGUCACAGCUUGCAUCGUACGAUCAAAUCAAGGAGAUGAUAUUGGAGAAGGGUGUGAUGGGAGAUGGAAUUAGGACCCACGUGGCGGCGAGCUUGGCGGCGGGGUUUGUGGCUGCGGUGGCUUCGAAUCCUGUUGAUGUUAUAAAGACGAGAAUUAUGAACAUGACCGUGGUGGCCGGGGCGGAGCCGCCGUAUAAAGGGGGGCUGGAUUGUGCGGUGAAGACUGUGAGAGGUGAAGGACUGAUGGCUCUCUAUAAGGGCUUUGUUCCUACGAUUUCAAGGCAAGGGCCUUUUACGGUUGUGUUGUUUGUUACAUUAGAGCAAGUUAGGAAGUUGCUUAAGGAUUUCUGAUUUUGGUGAUUAAAUUGGGAAGUUCAGGAAAUUAUAGGAAAUGAUAGAAAUUGAAAGGACUGAAAAGAAAUUUGUUUCUUCCGUAAUUUUUUCCUCAGUUUGUAAGAAUUUCAAUUUUGGUGUAGUGGAAACUAAUAUAAGAAUGAA